UUGCACGCAACCUGCACCACUAGUAGCCCAGCGAGUGCGCAUGUUUUGAGAAGCAGGUCACCAACACAUCAGCUGCGCACUUGUAGGUGUACUGCAUAUCCCACUGUACUAUGUGCGCAGUACGUUGCUCAAGCACAGAACGCUGAAGCAUUAACGUAGUUAGCGACCUUGCAACUUCACCACUCUCAUACUUCGGAAAUCCAUCGUAUAACCAAAGGAUCGCCUGGUAAAGACUGAAGUGCUCACUGAAGAUAAGAGGAAGUGCUGCAUGGACAAUGCGUGAAAUUCAAAACUGACCGUCCAAAUUUCGAGAAAGGGAAUAGGCUUUAGAGGGGCCGCAUCAAUUGCGGAAAGCAGAGGUCUGGAGCUAACUGUCACCUGCCUUGCACCACCUCUAAUAAUUUCGGUGUAAGCUGUUAAGAUUAAAAUGAGCUGACUUAACUUUGAUCCAAGAACCCUGUGAAAUUCUACUCGUUUUCAAACACAGCUCAUUCUUUGGAAGUGAACCCAUGUUUGGAAUGACAGAUCCUCGGACAAUCUUCCUAAGACGUGGACUGUUGAAGCUGGAUGUUGCAAUGUCGCUAGUGGUCUUUGUACUUUGCUUGGUAGCGAGCGCCAGUGCCCUGUCUUGUGGUGGGCCCUGUGACCCUUCAGAAUGCCCACAAGUUGACUGCCGGGGCGGGAAGGUAUACGGACCAUGUGCCUGCUGCAUGGUUUGUGCCAAACAGCUGGGCGAAUCGUGUGGUGGUCAGUAUGACCUGGCUGGACAGUGUGACCAAGGGUUAAUUUGUUCGGUCAGUCUGGAAUUUGGUGAGGCUGUGCCAGAGCAAGCCAUAGGAAUAUGCCAAGAAAUGAAACCAGAUCUUCGCAUAUCAGAAUAUGUUGGGUCUGGCUCCGGCCCCCAGCUUCUGGGUGUGCCGCAAGACUGUGAGAAACUUCACUCUGGCUGUAAUAUCCAUCACGGUCUGUGUGAGUGCAACAGUGAUGUACUGGGCUGUCAGAACCCUUUUCAGUUUGAGAGCCCGGAAGAUUGUGCUGAAGCCUUGCAGUCUGGACACACGGAAGGAGAUAAAAUCACGGACUGCGCCAGUGCCCGCUGCAAGAUUGUCUUUGACAUCACCUGCCCGGCAGACAGCCUCAAGAUGGAGCCCCACCCACCGCCGGGGGAGUGCUGCCCCCAGCCAGCCACCUGCCGCUGCGACUUUGCCUCGUGCCCAGACAUGCUGUGUGGGGAAGAGUACAACAAAGUGAUGGUGAGGGUGGCCACGGGCCAGCCAGGGAGCUGUUGUCAUCAGUAUGAAUGCAAGCCCAAAGAUGUGCAGACCAUGCCAGAGUGUGCAGGCAUUGUCUGUGCAGAGGUGUCCGCCAGCCCCAUGGUCUGCCCCCCAGGAACCACACUCGUCCCAGGGGGCUUCACACCGGAUGGUUGCUGUGGGACUCCAAGCAGGUGCGAAUGCGAGCCCGAAAGUUGCGAAGUACCCACCUGUUGGCCUGCAUUUUCCCCUAAGCGGGUUGCCACGGCAACAUUGGAACUGGGCCACUGCUGUGACACAUAUGACUGCGUAGCAGUGGAGAUCAUGGAGAACUGUAUUCAUGAGGACAUGCUUUUCCUGGAAGGCGCCACGUGGACCGUGGGCAACUGCAAGACGUGCAUAUGCCAGAAUGGCACAGCGUACUGUGAGAUCACGCAGGCCUGUUAUGCCGAGGAGAGCCUGCUGGUGUGUUACACAGAGACUGGGCUGCGUACACCAGGGGAGCAUUGGGCUCAGGACGACUGCACGUCCUGCCAGUGCCACAGUGGUGAGGUGCGGUGCCAGGUGGCGAGCUGCAUCACCAACUGCCUGAAUGCCCGCAAGGUGCCUGGGAUAUGCUGUCCUGUGUGCGAUGAGCCAACGUUUGUCACUAUAGUGCCGGUGGAAUGCCCGAAGAUGAGCUGUGCUCUGCAGUGUCAUCAUGGGUACAAACACGAUAGCAGUGGGUGCAUGACUUGCGAAUGUGUCAUGGGAACUCCUGGUGUUCUGACAACCGUGACGCCACCCACCAUCGUCUGUCCAGCUCUAGACUGUAGCCUGGUGUGUCCUCUAGGCCUCCAGAUGGACAAGGACGGCUGCAGGAGGUGUGAAUGUAACACAGAAACUUGCCCAGACCUAAUCGCUACCUGCCCCAAGCUCUGCCCACUGGGCUACCGGACAGACGAGCGAGGCUGCCGCCUCUGCAAGUGCCUGCGCAAGCCGGCCUGCCCCGAGGCCGAGCCCUGUGACAAGACCUGCCUGUAUGGUCACCAGACGGGUCGCAACGGCUGCCCACGCUGCAAGUGCCUGAACUGCCCCAUGCUGGUGGAUUGCACCAAGCAGUGCACCCAUGGACUAGAGAGGGACGACCGAGGCUGUGAGAUCUGUAAAUGUAAAAGCAACCCACUGCCCACGCUGCGCCCUGUCACCCUGGGCUCAUGCCUGACGCUGGACGGCCGUAUCCACGACGACAGCGAGAUCUGGCACGACGGCUGCCGGGAGUGCUUCUGCCACAAUGGCAAGGAGAUGUGCUCGCUGAUUGCCUGCCCUGUGCCCGAGUGUAGCCAGCCCACCAUCAGGCUGGGCGACUGCUGUCCAACCUGUCCAGACUUACCGGACAGUGGCACCCUUGAGCCUGUGGUCAGCCACAGUGUUUGUCAGUCACUCAGGGGAGAGUAUUACAUCGAAGGGGAGACCUGGAAUGCCGACUCUUGCACAGUGUGUGUCUGUCAUGACAGUAGGGUUCUUUGCUCCACCAUGGCUUGCCCUCCGCUGCCUUGCAACCAGCCUGUCGUGGGAGAGGGUGGAUGCUGCCCCGUAUGCCCAGACAACACCCUGAACGGGUCUGCCACGCCGGACGACAUCCGGCCACCCAGCAGCUGUCAGAUGGUCAGCGGUGUCUUCUUCGAGUCGGGAGCCUCCUGGAAGGAAGACGACUGUACCAGUUGCACUUGCCGAGACGGCGAGGUCACUUGCUACUCACAGGUCUGCACACCGGUGGACUGCAGGGUACCAGUGCUGAAGAAGGGCCAGUGUUGCCCUGUUUGCAUAGGGCCUACGCCGGUCUCGCACUGUGAGUUUGACGGGGUGAUGUACGUCGACGGGGAGACUUGGAACCUGGACCUGUGCAUCCACUGCAUGUGCAAGGAAGGCAAGACGGGCUGCGUUGUGCCUGACUGUCCCGACACCAGCUGUAGCAACUCGGUCAUCAUGCCCGGUGAAUGCUGCCCACGAUGUCCCAACAACACACCAAGAAACACAGACGAGCCAGUCGUUGAUCUCAAUAAUGAAGUGGCACCUGUUAAUGAUAUUGAUACACAACUCACCCCAGUUAUGCCCAACCACGUGCCAAACAUGAAUGCAAUAGAUUCUUCUUCCAAAACAACUCUUGAGAAUAACGAGUCGUCCUCAUCCUCUACAUCCAAGCCAUUCCCCGUCCUGCCAGUCAUUUUCUCCACCUUAGCCGUACUCCUUGCCAUCUGCAUUGUCCUGAUCAUGCUGCUCUAUGUCACGCGCUGGCGGCACCGUCUUCUCUACCAGGUCACCAAGAAGGGGGCCCCACCCCCCAAGGUCAUCCCCUCCUCGCCCCCCGUGGUGACGGCGGUCAAGACGUCGAACGCCGACGUCAAGAACAGCAACCGGGACUCGGUGCGGGACUCAGGGCGGGACUCCAUCCGAGACUCGGCCAUCUUCAAGGACAAUAUGGCCGCCAAGAGCAACCUGGAGGCGGGCAUUGACGUCAAGCGGUUAAGCGAUUACGCCGGUGGGAGACCGGUGCCUGUCUGAUGGGAAAAAAAAAACCAGGGAUGGACUUUAUGAAGAGUAUUUUUGUAGUUUAAGAAGUGUAAUAAAGUGUAAGUGCCACAUUUUUGUUGGGGGGAGGA